AUGGAAUUAUGUGAGUAAUUUAAAGAAACUGUAAAAUUAUAUUUAAAAUAUAGCUUUAAGAAUAAGAUGACAAUAGAAGAUAAACAUUGAUGUUUAGUGUAUGUAGAAAAUUGAGUAGAAUAUUGCCUUUUCCUUCAGUUAUCUCUGUGUUGUAAUAAAAACCAAAUAUAUUGAAAUAUUUACUGAUCGCCAGUCAAUUAUAUGAAAAUAGUGUAUAAAUAAUGUAAUUCUAGGUUUUAUUAUUAUUCUAUGCUUUAUAAGAUAGGUAUUAGGAAUAGUAGGAUUAUAUUAAAUUGUAUUUUGAUUGCGUUAUUAAAUGUCUUAUUAAUCAGGAGAGUAUUUUACUGAUUAUUGACUUUUUUUAGUAUAUUGUCAAACUGUGAAUGAUAAUGAUACCAAGCUACGAUGGUUUCUACUAGAGAACUCAAAAAUUUUUAUCAAUAAAAUCUAACUGACCUUUUUUGACAAUGAAAUUAUUAGUUAAAAGGUAAAUAAUUUCUUUAAGAGUUUCAUUAAAUAUAAUUCUAAUUUUGAUAUGCUUAAUUCAUGUUUCUAAUUUGCUUUAGAUAAAAGAAAUGUAUGGAUUUUAUUAAGAGAAUUGGAUUAAUAGUUUGAAAUUGAUGUUGAAGAUUGUAUCAUAUAUCAAAUAUUUAAGAAUUGGUUGCCUUAAGUUAAGUGAUGAGUUCAAAGAAUUUAGAUUAUAUAAGUGAAAAAAUAGAAUAAAAAAGAGAAGAAGCAUCAAAUUAUGGAUUAACAAAAAAAGAAUUAAAAUAAUAAAUGUUAGAAGAAUGGUUAUUUUAACCAAGUGAAGUACCUUUAUUAGUAGCUAAUCAUGCUACAGUUGAUUAAUUGAGUAGCGAAGUUUUUAAGUCUAAUAUGCUCUUAGACUUGUUUUUGUCAUUUUUAUUGUUUCCAACAAGAAAUCCUUAAGUAGUUCCAAAUGUAAAUAUAUAUUUUUCAUUUUAGAAAUUAUAUAAUUUUUAUGUAGAUCUAAAUCCUCCAGAUCCUCCUUCAUUUAGAUAGUUGAAUGUUAAUGUAUCAUAAGAAAGAAGACCUAUAAUCUAAUUUAGAGCUUUCAGAACUAUGCAAGUCAUAACUGAUAAUAGAAAUAACUUUUUGUUAACAAGAGUUAACAAGGAAUAUUAUUAGAGAGCAUAUUCAAUGCUUUAUGAAUGUCUAAAAUAAGAUUUAGUUGCUAUAACUAUUUGUCCAGAAAUUAUUAUAUAAUAUUUAUCCUUCCUUUUAUAUCAAGAACCUGAAAUGUCAACAUUCUUUCUGAUUUUUUAUAAUAUUCCUUAUAGAUUGAUGUUAUUUUUAGAUAUACCAGAAAUUUCAUAAUUUUUUACAUAACUAAUGAAUUUCCUAUAAACUCCUUAUAGUAAAGUUCAUAAUGAAUCUAAUUUAUUAAUUUGGUAAUAUUUUGAUUUCUCUAAUUUUUUUUCUGAUUUACUAAAUAUGACUAUAUUCAACUCAAAAACCAUAGAUGAUGUAAUCACUUUAAAAUCAAAUGAAUUAUAUAGACCUAAAAAUUUAGAAGAAAUAUUAAGAAGACCAGAUUUUACUCCAUUAUAAGUUGAAAAAUAAUUUCCUUAACCAGAAUAAAAGAAGGUAGCUGAAGAAAUAGAUGAAUUAGAUUAAGAUCUUGAUCACAUUUUUCAAUAUCUUCCUAAUAAAUGUUAAAAAACAGUUAAGAUUUUUGAAAAAAUGUUAGAUCAGGCAUCAAAAAAAAAAGAAAGCAAAGUUAAAUAAAGAAUGUCUUUAGCAGCUAGUCCACCUUAAUUUUUAUAGACUAAAAAUCUAAAAACUGAAGAUUAAACUCCAAUAACAUUCAGUCCUACUAGAAGAAGAACAAUUUUAGCACCUAAACUAGCAUCUAUGUUUGAUGGGAGUCUUAAGAGAUCUUUAGUUGUUAAUCCUAUUGAAUUUGAUAAUAUGCCUUAAACUACAACAAACAGUACAACAAGAAGUCAAUUACAAGCUUUAACUAACCCUAGUAAUUUGUUUGGAGUAUUGACUGAAUAAAUUUAAUUAAUCAACAAAAAGAAUACUUCAGAAAUUGUUUAGAAACCUAUGUUUUAAAGAAUGCUAGUAAAAAAACCAACUUAAAUGAUAAUGCUUCAUAGUAGAUAAUUGUCUAAUCAAUAAAGAUUAAGUUAAUAAUCAUCCUUAAUUAAUAUAACAGAAUCCUUAAAUAAAUCAAGAAUCUAAAACUCUAUUAUUUUAAAUAAGUUCACUCAUUUAGUUGGAUCUAUUAAAAGUUACGAUAUAGACAAAGAGUUUUGUAUUUAUCCACCAGAUUUGAAAGAUUAAUAGAUUGAUGAUUUCGAAAAAUUGGCAUUUGAUGAAGAAUUUCAGAAACUUUCAUUCAAAAAUGAAAAUUAUACAAAAGGAGCCUUAUAAUGUAUUUAUGAUAUCCUUCAUAUUAUUUUCACUUAAAAGAAGUUUAUAUUAUAAAAUAAUCACCAUUUUGAAAACCCAGAGUUUUAUUUAAAUAUUUUAAUUGGAGAAAACAAAUCAUUUUUUAUAGAUAUUAUAGCAAAAAACUAUUUACUGAAAUAGAAAUCAGAAGAGGAAUUCUUAUGUACAUUCAUUAUUGCAGGCAGAAUUUAUAAUUUGAUCUUGUCUUAGUACAAUCUUAAAAUGUUUUUAUUUAAUUUUCAAGAGCAUAUAAUGUUAAUAUGUAAGAUUCUUUUAACUUAAUUACUGACAUCAAAAUUAUCAAUUAGAACAAUUACAUUAUUGGAAAGUUUUACUUUGAUAUUAGAAAACACAAAAUCAUAAUUACUCUCUCAUAUUCCAAUUUCUUUCUGGCAUUUAUUAAUUGAAACGUAUUCAAUUCAUAAUUCCAAUUAAAUUUUCAUAAAUUAUUUUAGAAGAAUAUUCGUCACUACUUUCAUUUAUGGAAACUUAGUAAUUUAUAACAAAAUUCUUCUCAAAAUCAAUUUUCUUUCCUAUUUUAAAGAUAAUCCUGAAUAAAUUAAAAUGAUAUUUUUGAUAUUAUAUAUGAUGUUUAAAUUAAGACAAGAUGGCUUAAAACAAUUAAAGAGAUAAAUUACAUUAUUAUCUUCUUGGAAUGCUUUAUCAAACUGGUUCAAAAAGUAAGUAUUAUGAUUAAUUAUUUUAAGAGAUUUAUAAUGCCUUGAAUAAUUAAAGUUCUAAGAGUAUACAAAAGGACUUAGAAGUGAAGAUAUUGCUAGAAUUUAAAUAAUGAUAGAAAAUAAAGAUUCAAAAAAGAAUAAAUUUUGUAAACCUUGA